AUUGCAGUGGUCAUAUAGAUUUAUCAGAGCAAUUCACGUACAUUCAACCUGGAGCGGUUUGCUCAGUACGUUGAGACUACACGCGUGGUAAAAUGAAUUGCUCAAAGUGCUUGAAACCGUUACAGGAAAACUGGAAGCGUUGCCCAGUGUGUAAGACGAAUAUAAAUGCAACCCGAUGCCCACUAUGCAAUAUAAUUCUUCUCGACGGUUGGACAUGUUGCCCUAAUUGUGAUAAUUCGGACGAAGAAUUGGAAGGAGCUGUUGCUGCUGACAUUUGGCACGACGCACCAGAUCCUGUCAUUACAGACAUUUGGCACGACGCAUCAGAAUCCUGCACGGAUUAUUCUCUACCUCUACUUCAAAAAUCAUUUCGCCAUGAUUGUAAAAGUCGGGAAGAUAUUUUGCACAACUCAGAAACGGAAAGCGAUUUCCUUCAAACUGAAAAUGAACAAUCGUUUCGCCCUGAUCGUAUAAAUCUUCGUGAUGGCGACGUUGCAAUUAAUAGUCGAAAAGCGGCGGAGCAGUUCAUAUUCGACCGUGACCGCAAUGUGGCCCAUGCGCACUACAUGGUCGAGCAGGAGGUGAUACAUGAGGAGGAGGAGUCAGGGGAGGGGUCGACCCAGGAGUCACAUGACACAGCUAGGCCUGCCCUCUCAGAGAUUGACGAAGCGCGGCUGAACUCAUGCCUUGACAAGGUGCGCAGUGUGCUGGGGGAGAGAGUGCCUGAGCAUCUCAUGAAAAAGGUCAUACUGAGACACAACUUCAGCAUCGAGGAGGCACUCAACGAGCUGCUAAAUCAGCAAGUAAAUUGUGCAGUCUCCGAAGAUGAUCAACGAAAGGGAAAAGACGAACACGAACCUUUGAUAACCAGUAUAGUGCAGUAUUUACAGGGGUUUGAAGAUGGAUACAAAACACAUGGUAUUGCGAGGGUAUAUGCACUUUUAAAAACUGAUAUAUGCAAAUGGAAAACCGUUCCUCUGAAGAUAUUAGUUACCGGCGAAGCAGGGGUUGGAAAAUCAUCCUUCAUCAACGCAAUGCUCGGGCUCAAUCCAUGUGAUGGCGGUGGUGCCGAGGUUGGUGUUACCGAAACAACUACAAUCAGAGAAGAGUACAAACAUCCUCAUUAUCAAAACUUUGUGCUGAUCGACUGUCCCGGAGUUGGAACCCUAAAGUGCCCAAAGGAAAAAUAUUUGAAGUUGAUUGAUUUACAGAAUUGUGACUUCGUUAUAAUCAUUUCUUGUUCACGUUUCAAAGAAAAUGAUGCAUGGCUUGCGACCGAAACAACAAAAGCAAAAAAGAAGUUUUAUUUCGUUAGAUCGAAAAUAGAUCAAGACAUUAAAUCCGAGUCAGAAAAACAAAAAGGCACGAAGAGCAGUGAAGUAGUGACAAAGGUCGAAGAUUACUGUAAAAAAGAGCUAAGCGCUCUUGGAUUUGAAAAAGCUGUUGUUUUUAUAAUAAGUAGCCGUUUUAAAUUGCGUGAGAAAUUUCAUUUGAAGCAGUUGAUAAACACAUUACUUAAAGACAUUCCGAUCCUUAAAAGGGAUGCAUUGAUUUUUUCCAUUUCGUUGACGAUAAAGCCUGUGCUUGACGAGAAAAGGACGAGUUUGAUGGAGAGAAUAGGCAAGAUAGCUACGACUGCAGCUUGUCGAGUAUUUUCUGAAAAGAAAUGUUUGAGCAUAUUGCACGAAGAGAUUGAGUUUUAUCAAGAACAAUUGGGUGUAAAUGAAGAAAGGUUGAUGGGUUUUGCCCGCCAGAUGGACAUGAAUAUUGAUGCAUUGAAAAAAGAAAUUGCUCUUCGGUCGUCAAUAAUUUUAAAUGAUCCUCUUAAAUUCAGAGAAUUUUGUUUGUGCAACACGCAGUCAAGAAAAGAUAUAACAGUAUAUGAUCAUCGUUCGACGGUCGAAAAAUUCUUUUCGAGGAAGGAUUACAAACGGUAUUUUUAUGCGAUGUACGAUUUGUUAAUGAUGUGCUAUGAGGAGUCCGAAAAGAUUCUAAAAUUGAUAUCAACGAAAGUUUAGUGUUUAAAUAAUUCAUACACAUUCUGAGAAUUACAAUGAAUUAUAUCUUCAUACUUCAUAUUUUCUUGCUAGCUAAAGAUUUGAAAAGUGAAACCUAGGGAAAAAAUCAUUUUCUUUAAAUACAUGCUCUUUCAAUACAUGUUGAUGCAAAACAUGUAAAAAGUAUCAAAUAAGAUAUUCUAGUACCAUGUUUAUAAUGAGAAUCAAUGUACAAAUUCGUUUGAUGAAAUGUGGAUUCCCAAUUUAAACUAAUGCUCGAAUAAUAUAUGUACAUUUUAACAUUAAUAACCGCAAGCACAAAGUAAAUACAGCCUGGCAUAAAAUUAACCGGCUUGAAAAAUUCCAAAAGCGGGAACAGGUUCACAUGUUCCUUUUAAAUCAGGUGUGUGACAGAAAAUAUACAUUUUUUCUAUCAAACCGGAAGAUAAGUCGAUCGCACGAGCUUUGUAAAGCCCUUGGUUUGUUUUAAAUGUUUUUUGUAUUAGAUUUAUUAUCCUAUAUAUUUAUUACUUUUAUCUAUGAUUUAUAGUUCAUGCACUAUAGUUCAAUCUCUUUAUUUAAUUACGAGUAUAACCCAUGAGCACGGUUCCCAAAUAGUUAUUAUUGAAAACAGUUAUACUGGUGUAAUCUGUUAUUGCAUGUGGUAUACAAUUUGUUGAUAUAUUGUAUUAUUAAUGUGAGUGAAGUGAUAUAUCCUCACUUUUUCCCCGAAAAUGUGUAGAAGCUAAUAUUGAGAUGAAAGAAAGUUAUGCAUGCA